GAGACAUGCAGAACGACUCUCGGGAGUGAAAUCGGACAUUGCCGGAACGGCCACACCACAGCGAAGUGGCGCAUCCAAUGGCAUGAAGCACAUUGUUCUCAACUGCGCCAACAUUGGUUGCACCUACGGAGAGAACAUCCUGAAGCGUACGAAGCCUGGUCAGAGCAAGUUUGACUGGAAGGGUGUCGAGGAUGCCUGCCAGUACUAUGAAGGUGCAGGCUUCACAGUCCACGCCAUCAUCGGUCAGCGACUGCUGAGCCAGGUGGGUGGGCGCGACAAGAUCUCGCGGAAGUUGGAGUCCGCACUGGUGGUCAUCCCAUCGCGAGAUGGGCUUCCAGACAUCGAUGAUUACUCGACGAUCUUGGAGGCUUACAAGUGGAAGUGCUCCUAUGUCGACAACGAUAACUACCGCGAAUGGGGCGCGCGGAUGAAGGGCCGGCCGGAAGUGGCGAGGUGGUACGGGGAGAACAAGCGGCAGCUCCACAUCCCCUAUUACUUUGACCGGUUUGGGCACUUUACACCUCUCGAUGGUGCUGCACCAGGAACUGCAGAGCCUUCUCGCAAAGAUCCGACGUGGAAUCUUCCUGCUGCGGCAGCUUCGCAUCCUGCGCAAGAGCGACAAGCAUUAUCGAGCUCGCCGUCUGGCUCGUCUCAGACUGUCACUGCGGGAAAGGCAGCACCGGCAUCGCUUGGGCCUGGCAGUCAACAGGCCCAAGAAGCUCGAUCACAGGGCGAAAAGCGUGGUGUUGAGGAGGCACCUGCAGGUAGCGAGCCUGCAGCAAAGCGCCCUCGUGGAGAGCUGGAGGUCAUUCAACUGGGCAAGGAGAUCAUCGCGCCUCCGACCAGCAACCUGAAGUGGAAGGCAGUAGUGCCUGUCCGGGUCUGGCAGCGUCCGCAGGUUGGCGGCUUUCAGGAGUGUCUUCGCACGCUGGAGCCAGGAGCCAUCUUCCGUCAAAUCGCGCAGCAGCCCCGCGAAGGGGAGCCUCGCUGGCUGGCGCUGCAUCCGCGUGGUUGGGUGGAGGCUCCGGACCCUCUGAAAAAGGGAAAGGGGGAUCAGAUGAUCAGAAUUGGUCCGCAAGGUCCGCAUUGUGACGUCAAGUGCUUAGAGAGAAUGUUGCGUGCUGUGAUCCGUCUAAGCUUCGGUGGGGAGCGCUUCGACUCGCCAAUGCUGCAGAUGGCACAGCAAAUGUUCAACGGCUUGCUUGAUGGCUCGCUUGCUAAGAUCUUCAGCUUCUUACCCCUCGGAGAGCUGUCACCUGCAGCUAUGAAGGUUCGCAUUGCCGAGGGCAUCAAGCAUGGCUUCUGCCAGAGCCGGUAUCCUUGGAUGCGAAAGCUCGCCCUGGAGGCUCUUGCUGUCAUGGAGCCGGAGGACCUGGAACUGCACUCCGACGUGGUCGCGGGCAGGCUGCAGGAUACCGAUGACGACGUUUGCUUCGAGGCGAUCCGAACCCUGAAACGGCUGAAGCCGGACGUCUUGGAGAAGCACGCGGCUGUCUUGUCUCGUCUGCUUGCUGACGAGGACUGGAACGUCCGACUGGCUGCUCUCAGUACGCUUUCCAGGUUGGAGCCGUUGCAGCUCAGUCGCUACAGCCAGGCUCUAAAGGAUCGCUGCACGGAUGACGUGCAUCAGGUGUCAGAGCUUGCCGGCAAGGUUUGGGAAAGGUUCAUGCAGGACCUUCCGCGGCUUGUAGUUACUUGCAGUGCGACACCGAGUUGCCUACAGCCUGGUACCCUGAGCAUCAGCUGCAUAAGCAUGGCAGGCAACGAUAUGGCAGACCUGUCCAUGACCGAAUCGGCAAGCUGUAAAGAGCUGCGCGAGCUCUUGGCCGAAAGGUUACAAGUGCCAGUUGUUCAGCUGAAACUCCUGACGGCUGGUGCGGCUCCGAAGGAGCUGGUGGAUGAUUUGUCCGUUGGAGAGCCCUUGCAGCUUUUUCACUCAGAGAUUACUUCGCUCCAACUAAGACUUUCGACUGACUGUAGUGUUGCAAAUGCUGUCGUGAACAUUCGUGAACCAGGUCCGAUUUACGAAGCACAGGCUCUAGUCAGUUUUCCGCUUUACGUUGCAGUUCUCUAG